AUUCAAAGAGCCCUUAAGAAUAAAUAAAUAAAUGAUAAUAUAACAAAUAGGUGAUCAACUUUGGUUUUUAAUCUCAUUCCACUCCUCCUACUUGUUUCCCCUUUCAAUCUCCCCUGUUUCCCAAACCCCAAAAACAAACAAUGUUCUCAACCCUCCGCAGAGUCUCCCUUUACCCACCACCAUUACCACCACAAAUCGCACUCCGCCCCUCUUCGUUUCUCGCCAUUACAAUCCGGUCCCUCUCCGUCCCCUUCCCUUCUCCCUCUCCCUCUCCUUCUCCUUCUCCUCCUCCUCUCCUCGACCUCGUGCGCUCCCACCUCGCCCAUGGCGACCCCUCCGCUGCUGCCUCCCUCCUCCUCCGUCACCCCGCGCCCCCCGCUUCCGCUCUCAACCUCGUCCUCUCCGCCCUCUCCCGCUCCCGCCGCUUCGACGACGCUGCCGCCCUCUACUCCGCGCUCCGCCGCUCCGCCGUCCCGCUCGACUUCGUCUCCCUCAACAUCGUCGCCCACUGCUUCGCCCAGUCCCGCCGCUCCGACCUCGCCCGCCAGGUGCUCGACGAAAUGCGCCGGAGAGGGUUGCGCCCCGACCGGGUCUCCUUCAACACCCUCAUCAAGGGCCUCUGCAACGAGGACAAAAAGGCCGAAGCUUUGGCCGCCCUCGAGGAGAUGCGCGCCGAGGGGUGGAGCCCCGACGGGUACACCUUCUCCAUGCUCAUCGGCCUACUCUCGCGCGGCUGCGCUAACUCCGAGAGGGGUCUCGCCCUCAUCCACGAGAUGCUGCAGCUCGGGCUGGAACCCAACGAGGUGAAUUGUAACUGCGUCCUUGCAGCGCUGUGUAAGGAAGACAAGGUCCAUGCUGCAAAGGCUCUUUACGGGAGAAUGAGUAAGGUGGGUGUUGUGGGCGAUGUCGUCUCGUACACGUGUUUCCUCGAUGCGUUGUGUCGGAAGAAGAUGAUGGGACAAGCAAGAUUGCUUUUUUCUGAGAUGUCGGAGAAGGGCGUCCCUCCGAAUGUGAUUACUUACAAUGCUUUGAUCCAUGGCCUCUGCUCUAAUGAGCAGAUGGAAGAUGCGCUAGGAAUCGUACACCAGAUGUUCAACGAUGGUCCCAAACCAAAUAAAGUUACGAAAACUAUCAUAAUGGGCACGCUUUGCAGAGACGGCAAGGUAGAUGAGGCGCUGAGGCUUUUGGAGUGCAUGAAUGAAGAUGGUCUAAUACCCGAUAAAUCAAUGUAUGGAACGCUGCUCGAUGGAUUGUGUAGAGGAGGCAGAAUGGAGGAAGCCAUUGAGCUGCUUGCUAAAAUGGAAGCUUGUGGGUCCAUUGAUAUCGUUUCGUACAAUAUAUUGAUAAGCGGUUUCUGCAAAAUGGGGAAAAUGGACGAAGCCAAGAAGCUUUUUUUGGAUAUUACCAACAAGGGUUAUAAGCCUGAUGUUAUAUUGUAUACUACCUUGAUGCAUGGGUAUUGUAAGAUUGGACAACCCGAAGCUGCGCAGGCGCUGGUUACCGAUAUGGGGGAACACGGCCUUAAGCCCGAUGUGAUCACAUACACCACCUUGCUAGAGGGUUUUUGUGAAAUGGAUAAGUUUGAGGCUGCAGAAGGACUACUAAGUGAUAUGGAAAAACAUGGUGUUGAACCGAAUUCAGUUAUUUAUACUACGUUGGUUUUUAGCUUGUAUAGGUUUGGUAAUCUUGAUCGUGCUCAAUAUUUUUUGGAAGAGAUGGAACAUAAGGGGCAAGAGCUAAGUGCGAAGACUUACAAUAUACUUUUAAAUAAAAUGUGCCGAAUGGGGAAAUUUCAACAAGCUGAGAAAAUACUCCGAUGUAUGCCUGAAGACAGAGUAAAAGCCGAUGGCAUCAUAUAUUCCUAUUUAUUUAAGAGUUAUUGCACAAAUAUGCAGCUUCAGAAAGCCAAAGAAAUCUUAAGAAAAAUGACUGAGGACUGUGUCCAAUCCAAUCUGGUAACUUGUCAUUCUAGCUUGCAGGAGUUUUGCAGCGAAGGUGAACUUCAGCAAGCCGUCAAUUUGCUGAAUAAUAUUAUCAAAGAGGGCACUAUACCGCCUACAGCUGCUGUUUCUCUCUUCUUAGAACAUCUUUCUGAGCUCAACCAACUUGAUAGUUUCUUAGAUAUGCUCCCAAUCACUUCUAAAGAUGAGGAAAAGAUGGAAGUUGCCAUUGUUGGAUGAUUUAAUGAAGAAACUACUUGAGAGGAAUGAUACUGUAGAAUGAAAGGCUUAUUAUUGCUUUGUGACAUAUAUGAAUAAGAAAAGUUUUUUGUUUUAAAAAUA